AAAUGGUGGAUUCUCGUCCGGUCAUGGAACAAUUUCAUGAAAUUCAACGUUAACAUGAUCAACUUUUGAUACACAACAUGCAUGUAAAUGAAACAUUUGCGGUCGGUUCUAUAAUCGACAAAUUACCACCGUCAUGGAAGGAAGUGAAAAAUAACCUCAAACGUAAAAAGGAGGAUUUGCCAAUGGAGCAACUGGGUCACCAACUUCAAAUUGAAGAAGGCAUUAAGUUGUGUGAAGGUGACAAUGGUAAAAAGAACGACCUUCCAAUUUCCUCUAUAAAUGUUUUGGAGGAGAGACAGUCAAGUGGGACUAAGAAAAAUAAAAAAACGUCCCGGGAAAUUCACCAAAAGUUCCAAGUUUCAAAAGAAGCUGGAAGAUAAGAAAGUAGGCUCUUGUUGGAAAUGUGGUGGUCCACACUUCAAGAGGGACUGCCCGAAGGUGAAGAAGAACACCCAACCCAACGGCCAUCCGAAUGGUGGCCAAGACAACCAAGGAUGAUGAGUCUUGGUGGAUCGACACCAGAGCAACAAGGCAUGUAUGCAAAGAUAGGCACACUUUUAAGACUCUAAAAGAGUUGCAAGAGGGGCUGAUCUUAUACAUGGGAAACGACUCGACUGUGCAAAUUCAAGGAAUUGGACAAGUAGAGUUGCAAAUUCAAGGAAUUGGACAAGGAAUUGGAAUUAACUUCCGGAAAGAAAUUAAUUCUUAAUGAUGUGUACUUUGUACCACAAAUCCGGAAAAAUCUUGUCUCCGAUGGCAUCCUAAAUAACUUUGGGUUUAAGCUUAGCUUUGAAGCAAAUAAGUUUAUUUUAUCUAAGGGUGGUGUAUUUGUU